AUGAAUAAUUAAUCAUCUGAUCAAAAAUUUGUCGAAAUUCUGACACCAGUUUUAUCAGAUCAAGAAGAAGACACAUAGAAUAAUAAAACAUAAUAGCAUGCUUUGUAAAUGAUUAAUGUUAUAAUUAGGUAAUUUUUAUAUAUAUCUCCAAAUUUGUAUAUUAAAUUAUGGCCUGAAAUUAAGAAGUAGCUAAGCUUAUUAAAAACAACUUAAAAGAAUUUAACACCAUUUAAUGUGUAAUCAACUUUGGAAGAAAUUUAUAGUUUGCAUUUUCCUAAUGUACAAUUUUUUUCAUUAAAUUAGCCUUAACAAAUCAAGAGCAAAAUUAAUUUCAGAAAUUUUUAUCUAGCUUUAGAUGGUUUUCCAUAAAAAAAAGAAUUCUUAGAUAAAAUACCAUAAAUAGUUGAUUUGGCUCUAAAAAUGGAUUCAGAAUUUACCGAUUAUUUAAGUAUGCUCUUAGAGAAAGUUGAAUUAAAAAGAAUAUAAGUGGCAAUUUUAUUGGCAAAUAUGUUUUUAUGUGUUAUGCAUUUAUAACCUGAUUAUAAAUUAUUACCUCCUGUUUUCAUAAUGGGAAAAUUAUUUAACAGAUAAAAUGAAGAAAAUGGAUAAAAUACUAAUAAAAUUUAAAAGAUAAGAUGUUUGUUAUACUAUUUUUUACAUGUAUUUUCACCUGAAUUUAAGCCUUCAGAAAAAAUAGUAUUUACAAGAAAAAAGCAAAAUUUAACAAUACAUUGUAAUCCCUUAUGUGAAUUUAUUUAUUGUGAAUAUGGAUAAAUGGAAAAUGUAUAAGAUUGUUAUAUAGUUGAUUUUGCAAAUAAGAAAAUAGGAGGUGGAGUUCUUAAUCUAGGAUGUGUAUAAGAAGAAAUAUUGUUUCUGACUCAUCCAGAAGCAUUAGUAUCAUUAUUAAUAACUACAGAAAUCAAACCAGAUGAAUCAAUUAUUAUUGAAAAUGUCAAUAGACUCAUUAUGUAUGAAGGUUAUAGAGAUAAAUUUGAAUGUAAAGGAAUUAUUAAAUAAAUUCGUAGUGUCAAUUUUAUUGUAAGAAAUUUAAUUAUAUAUUAUAGUGUAUAGAUGCAGGAGAUUAUUCUGGAAGUUAUCAUUCAUAAUAUAAAGAUUACAAGAGAGAAUUAAUCAAAUCUUAUAGUGGAUUUUAUGGAAUAUCUCGUAUAUGUACAGGAAAAUGGGGUUGUGGAGCUUUUGGAGGUGAAUGGUAAUUAAAAGCAUUAAUUUAAUGGGUUGCUGCAUCUUUAGGAGGAUGCCAAUAAUUAAUAUUCAUCAAUGAUGAAUCUUAUCCAUAUAAUUAAGCAUUCAAUUUACUUAGAGUCUUAAAUUCAAAUUAAUUAUGGGAAUAAAUAUAAAAAUAUUGUUAAAAUAAAUCAAAAGAUGAAUUUAACAAAAUAAAUGCUAUUGAUUUUAUAUUAUCUUAAAAAUAAUUUUGA